CACAGUUUGUAUCUGUACCUUCUAUACAAAUAAUUCCUGGCUUCCCAGGCAGGCAAAAUCCAGUGAGAGAAUAUUCUUUUGCUAAAUUUGCUAUAUCUCUUCUUUUAAGUUUAUUAUAUAUGUGAUGACUAUAAAUCCAAUAUCUAGCAAAUAUUAAUUCAUCGCCUUGCUCAUGCUUUUUCUUUUUAUUUUCAUUAUUUUUUUCUUUAUUCACGUUAGAAUUUUUAAGAUAUUUCUCUAUGUUAUCUUGUAACCAUGAUAUCAAUGAAUAUAUACAAGGCUCACCUUUUUCAUUCUCAUUUAAAAAACUUGCAAGUGCUUCAUUUAAAAGCAAUUGUUGAGUUCGAUCUAGAAUGGAAGUUCUCGCAUAAACUUCAGGUUUUUCUUGUGGAUAAUUAGUUGGCAGACAUACUUGCAGCUCAAUUGUUGCCUGAAUAAGAUAUAUAAAUGUUAUUUUCAUUUAUAUUGCGAUCAUUAUUAUAAUCUUACAUUAUUCUCAGAAAUCUUUAUAAUAUAUUCCAAUCUUCGUGGAGGUUCUUCUUGAGGAAAUUCAAUAAAAUGAUUUAUGUCAGCUAAAAUUCCGUGAUCGCUGACGACUAAUUCUUCUGGAUAAGCUGAUUGUAAUACUUCUAAUUCGUAUAUUUGUGUCGUUAAAUUUUCUUUUAUAUUUUCGUAAAAAGUCAUUGUAUUUAAAUAAUUUAUAAGACAUGGAAAUAAUUUACUUGUAGUAAUAUAUUUAUUGAUGUCUUCUAAUGAUAAUAUUAACUUUAAAAAGAAACAAAAAAAACGAAGAUAUACAUUAAUUUGAGUUCAGUUUAAGGGUUCAAGGUUAAAAAUUUUGUAAAUAAUAUUGAUAUAAUAUAAACAUGAAUCGAAAAUGUACCUAGAAAUUGAGAUGCAUUUAUUCGAAAAAAUUCCUUUUAAAACUAUUUAUUUAACAUAAUCAUACACGCAUUUACUCUAGACGUAUUUAUAUCACUAUAAUUAAGUAUUGUAUCUAAUAUAAAAAAUGUUUAAAGAAUAUCGCCAUUCUUUAUCAAAAUAUAUGUACUAUACUAUGCACGAUUGAUGUAAAAACAUAUAUUGAACAUUUUAGUAUAGAAUAAAGCGCGGGAAUUAUGAACGUAAUUAUCGAAAGACGAAAUGAUCGUGAAAAGAAUUUUAUGUUAAGCAUUCUUUUUACAGCUAUUAAUAUUCUGGAAGGUUUCGAUGAAAUAUCAAUGUUUAAUUUACAAGACUUUAAACAUACGAUAUUUUUUCCGCUUCAAUUUAAUAAUCAUUUAUUUUGGUUUAUGGGAGGCAUUAAUUCUAAUGGAAUGUCGUUGUAUCUAUUAAGUAAUAACAAAUUUGGUCAUAUUAAAUCAUAUCCACAAUAUAAUGGCAUGCGUAUAAUAGUAGACAACUGUAUGCAUAAUACUGUAGUAGUAAUUCAGACUUUCAAUGAGAGUAUAACAAUAUUGAAAUUUAAUUAUGAUAAGACUGCAUAUACAUUAUACUUUGUGCAAACUCUUCAAAUACCUGCUAUAACUGACAUACAUACAUGGCAUUAUAUGAAUCGUUUAUAUUUAGGCAUAGCAUCCCGUCAUAAUAUAUCGAUAUAUAUUUGGCUUGGAGAACAUUUUGAUCUUAUACAAAUUUUGAAUUUUGGUGCAGAAAAAUUAACGUUCUUUCAUAAUAAAGGAUUUAUGAAUCUUAUUUGUACUGGAUCUCGUACAGUGAUACUACGUUAUUUUUUCCAUUUUGAUAAAUUUAUGAUAAUUCAGACAUUACCUGCUAGUAAUGCUAUUAUGACAUUUGAUAUAAUCAAGGAUCAUCUCAAAGAAUAUUUUAUAUGCUUAUCUACACAUCAAUAUACAGUCGUGUACAAGGAAGUACACGGGUAUUUUGUGCCAUUUCAAAAAAUUUCUGUCGCGGAAAAGAUAAUACCAUUAAUAGUUAAAAGAGCUAUCAUACUAUUAUUACUCAAUAAGAAUGUUAUAACAGUUUAUCAAUAUGAUGGAUGGAGAUUUGUACAAUUAAAUGUUAAAAUAUCAGAAGUCAAUGAUAUUUAUUUUGUUUAUAUCUAUGAAAAUGAAUUAAUAAUUAUAAAACAUGGAAUUUCUACAUGGAAAUUAAUGAAACCAAGAUGGGGUGAAAGAAAAUCUUUACUUGGUUUCCAAAAUGAAAUAAAAUCUUGGUACUUUCAAGCUAAAACUAUUGCACAGAGAAUACCCAAGGCUGGAAUAAUUAUAGAAAAACCAUUGCCCAUAUUAAAUGGUUAUAUACGUGAAAUUUAUACUCAAAAUAUAAAUGGAUACGAUUCAAAAGAAUGGCAAAAUUUAACAGGACAAUAUAAUUAUUUAAUUACAAAAUUAAAAGCAUUAAAUGAUUCUUUAAAUCAAAGAAUAAACAAUAAUAAUAAUCAAUUUAAAACACUACGUGCUCAUAAAGUAAAAGUAACAUGCAAAUCACUAUGUAAAGUUAAUAAUAUAAUAAUAAAAGAAAAAAUUAAUCCAUUGUCCAAAUUAAAAUCCAUAGAAAACAUUAAUCAGAAUUUAACAUUUACAAGUUUAAAAAUAGAGAACAUUGAUAAUUUCAAAUGUCCUAUUCCUGCAUUUACACCUAAAAAUUUUGAUCUCAAAGGAUUAAUUAAUGAUGUUUCAUUAUUAGAUUUACAAGAAAAUACAUUAAAAACUAGUGGUAAUCAAAUGAUUACAGGUGAUCAUAUUUUUUUUGAAUUAGAUGUCGUUUAUAGUGUUAUGCCAUUAGAUAUUGCUACAAAUUCUAUAAUGAAAACUGUAUAUGCUAAAGAGAUUAAAGUAAAAGAAUUACAUUUAAAGAAAGAUGGAUUUUUAUUACCAUUAAAUGGACCUCCGUCUAAAAUAUCAGGAUGUAUAACAGCAUCAAAAGUAAAAGUAAAAGGGCUUAUUAAUUUAAAAGGAGGAUUGAAAGGUAAAAGUGCAAGUUUAUUAAUGCCAGUAAAACACGUGCCAAAUUUUAUGGAAAUAAACGGAAAUCGGAAUUUCCAUAAUAUCACAAUUGUAAAUAUAUUGAGAACUAAAGAUGUGUACAGGCAAAAUGGCAAAUCUCUAAAAAAUAUUUUAGACAAUGGAAUAUUAAUAAAUAAUAAUUUCCCAAUGCAUUUAAUAUUUUCCAACAAUAAUGCGAUCUGGAGGAAUGUUACAAUAAAAGAUUAUAAUAAUUGGGUAACAGCUUAUUCUGAUAAUAAAGUGGUCAUUUCAGGAAAAAAACAAACAAUAUAUAAUGUGAUAUUACCACAGUCAGCUUACAUACAAUCAUUGAUUCCAAAAUAUAACUUUUCCUUAUGCACCUUAACUGCAAAUGUUUCAAACAUAAAAUUAUCUCAAGUAAUGAUAGAAAAUAUGACUGUAGAAAAUUUGAAGAGUUCUCAAGUAUUUGGAGCAAAAGAGUUAAACUCUUCUAUUUUCGAAACAACAACUUCUAUCAAUACUGUUGAUUUGUCAAAAAAAUAUUUCAUAGGUGUAAUUACUAUAAAAGAUAUUGUAACAUCUGAUAUUAAAGGAUUUAAUCUAAAAGGAUUUCAAGAAAUUUUAAACAUGUGGAUAGAAAAAAAGAUUUUUAAAGAUAUAAGAAAUGCAACACGUGUAAAAAUUAAUAAUCUUCAGACUCCUGUAAGAAUUAAAUUUCCAUUCCCUACUACAGUUAGCAAUGUAAUUUCAAAAGGAAAUACUUAUGCUACAAUUAUUAAUGGCGAAGAUAUACAUCAUUUUUUGAAAAAUGCUGUUAGAGUAGAUGAUCCAAUUUCUUUAAAUAAUAUAACAUUUAGUAUGGGAUUAAAAUCUAACAGUAUACAGUUCUUCUAUGGACCACUUAAUUUCACUUAUCCAGAAGUUCAUCUAAAUUUGCAUUCAAAGCAUAUUUUGGGAAACGUAAAAAUAGGAAUGCUGAACGUAUUAAAACCUAUUAUUCAUGAUACAUACAAUACUUCAAAAAAUUAUAUAAUACAAGGUAAUGUAACUUUUACAUCUGAACCUAUUAUCAAAAAUAUAAAUAAUAACAAUUUGAAAAAGUUCUCUUCGGAAAUUUAUACAAUUGAUGAAAAUAUGAUUAUAUCUGGUAAUAAUAUUCUAAUAAAAAAUAUGUCUGUAUUAGGAAAUAAUAUUUCAAAGACAUCUCUUUAUAUACCAUAUUACAAUUCUUGGACAAAUAUCUCAUAUAGUCUAUUGAGUAAAACUAAACCUCAAGAAAUAAAUGUCCCUUGUUGGUUUAACAAUAUAGAAGUUGACAAUAUCAAAGGUUCUAAAAAUUCAUCUAUAAAAUCUUUCGAUGCACAAAUAAGGAAUAUAAUUGAAAUGUCCCUUAAAAAAAAUGAGUCGCAAGUAAUUCAGAGCAAAUGGCAUUUUGAUAAAUUAAUAUUAUCAGGUUAUGUAAAUUUACAAGGAAAUCUUAAUAACAUGAAUUUAAGAACUGAUGUUGUCAAAUAUAGUAGUAAACAAAAUAUUAUUACUGGUACAAAGACAAUUUUAGGAUUAUCUAUUACACAUUUGCGUGGAUUAAAUUUCGAUGAAUGGUCAAAAAAUGCUGUUUUAUUAAAACAAAAAAAUGUAAUCACAGUGAAAGGCCAAAAGAUUUUUACAGAUAUUAAUAUUUCAAAUUUAAGUUUGGAUGGUGCCAUAAUGGGGAAAAAUAUAAAAAAUGCAUUUUUGAAAUCAAAACCACAAAUUAUUAAUGGUUUAAAAAUUUUUGAUGGUAAUAUCAAAAUGUCAGGCCUGCUAAUUGAUGGUUUAAUGAACGAUGUUAAUUUUACAAGUUUUAUUAAUAAUCUGUUAAAGAAAAAUAAACUUGUACAAACAUUAAAUACAGAUAUUAUCUUGAAAGACAAUUUAGAAGUAUUGGGAAAUAUUUUCAUUGAUGAUCUUUAUAAUGGUAUCAAAGUAAAUAAUUGUAAUAGAGAAUACAACAAAAUGAAAUCAAUAGAAAGAAAUUUGAUAGAGAUUGCAGAAGUCAUAAACAUAGCAGGAACUGCUUUAAAUAGUCGAGCCUUUUAUUUAAAUAAAUUAAAAACUUUUAAAAAUAUUACUGCAAUAAUAACUAAUUCAAAUAAUAAUCACUCACAAAGUAAUAUUAAUUGUCAAUGCGAAUUGAAGAAUGUAUCACUAUUUUGUAAUGAUACUGAAAUACAAGGCUUUAGUCUUGGAUCAAACUUAAGUAAUUAUACAAGAAUUCACAUUUUAUUGAUUAAGGAAGUUACAUUUAUUGUACUUAUUACAUCAGAUUGUGUUACAAUUGGCAAUAUUAAUAAAGACAAAUUUUAUCAGAAAAAAGUUUUUUGUAUACCAAAUAUUCUCCAAGCAUCAACAGAAUCAGUAGGAAAUUCAUUAUGGAUAAUUUUACAAUUACCUUUAGAAAUGUUAGCGUUACAUUAUGUUCCAUGGGAUAACGUUAAACAGUAUACUUUACCACCUUCAAAUAUACUUAUUACUAGUGCAUCACCAUAUAAUGAAUUAUUAAUGCUUCGAUCAGAUGGAGUUUGGAAUAUUAAUGAACUUGGAAGUCCACGUCAUAUAUUCAAAACAAGUUUAAUAGGAACAAUUGAAACAUUUUCAUAUGAUAAAGAAUAUUAUAUAAAAAGUAUAAAAAAUAAUGCUACUAUUUUCAUGAAAUCUCAAUAUAUAGCUUCUAUCGAUUCAAGUAAGAAAGUUUCUACUCACAGUGUGCAGAAUUUAGAACGAAUUUUCUCUUUCGUUAUAAAUGGUUCAUUACAUGGAUCGUUUCGCGGGAAUGAAUAAUGAGAAGAUUUGUGCAAAAUCGUCACGUGAUAAGGAUAAACUAUACUAUCGAUCGAUACUAUCGAUCAUAAUAUUCCGAGCAUUUACACAUUUAUUUCAAAUUUAUUUUUGAAAUAAGAAUUAAU